AUGGCUCCGGCACUCACCUAUCUGCUCAGUAUCUUGUUCUUUUCCGGAUUUAGCCGGGCCGGACAUGGGCACGCAAAACCGCUUCCACUUGAGACAACGAAAGCUUUCCAAGCCGCCUCAUUCUUUCCUGAAAAUUACUCCGAGAAGGUUACGAUCAAAUAUGCGCCCGUUGCAGUCCCGCCGAUGAACGAGAACGAUGGCAUGGCUCAAUUCUUCCAGCGCUCGACCACACUGCCGUGUCGAGAUUGUGUCAUCACCUGGCUGCAGAUGGGUUUGGAGCAUGAUGAUGGACGCAUCGCUGAUGCCAACACAGGCAUGUGGUUGCACCAUGGAGUAAUGGUAAACAGGAACCAGUCGGAUGCAGUUUGUGGAGACGGGUCGUAUGGCCAGAGAUUUGCAGCCUCAGGCAAUGAGAGGACGGCACUUGACUUCUCUGCUGGCGGGACCGUCAAAGCCGGUUACUACAUUGGACAGACGGACGAAGUCGCCCUUGCUGUCGACUUGAUGAACAUGCUCCAUGCGAAGCCCCAGACAGACAUUGUCUUCACGAUAACUUAUGAGUAUGUUAGAGGUUGCUAUGCUCAAGACUUCCAUAAAAUCACACCUUAUUGGAUGGAUGUUGGAGGAUGUGGGACCUCAGACGUACCUGCAUAUCGAGAUUCGGCAUUCAACUAUUCCAGCCCAACCUUGAAGGGGUCGCUCCAAGGAAUGGUUACCUUCAUCGGAGGCCAUCUUCAUGACGGCGGCACGCACAUCGAUUUCAUCAAGAACGGCAAGGUUGUAUGCAGUGUCAAUGCUCUGUACAACCAAUACCAGUACCUCGAUAAGGAGAAGGCAACGAAACAUAUCUCCAGAAUUGAAUCUUGCAAGGUUUCUGAAGAGACGGGCCCGCAAGAUGAAUGGUCAAUCAUUGCGUAUUAUGACACUCGUUUGCACGAGCCCAUGGAGAUGAUGGAUGGCUCUCUUGAGCCAGUCAUGGGUAUUAUGCUCGUAUAUGCUGUUCCAGGGCCGAGCCGAGACGAUAUGAUGGGAGCGCCGCUUCUGAAUAUUGCCCUUACAGUCGCUAGCUUGACGGUAGCGCUGCUACUGACUGCUGCCUGGUGCUUUCUUCAGGGCCGCUGCGGAUCUGGCCGGACAGAAUUAUCAUCCACGACUACACUGUCGACCGAGGAUCGGGAUCUGGAACAAGAGGCAGUGGUGCCAUUGAUGAAAAUGUGA